CAACCAUCCAGUAGUCAACCGGUCAAACUAGUAACUGAGGGACUCUAGACAGAAUGUUAGGGGAACCUUCACAACGCUCCAAGUUGAUCGAUGUGACCUAUCAGCAACUGCAUUCUUUUCUCUCAGGUCGGCUGGAAGGUGGUUCGCAGGAACAAAUAACACAGAUCAUAACUCCCCGCACUGCCCAACUCCGCAAUGUCUCUAGACCAUAUGGAAAACCAAACGACGCGUCUCGGAAAGCCAUCGAAAGUGGCACCGUCACUCUUUCAGACGGCAUCAAACUUCAGGUCGACGAUGUCGCGAAAGAGUUCACCACCGUCCUCAGCAAGCACUUUGACAUCGACGAGAUCCACGCCUUAAUUCUCUUGCGCUCGUUUCUUUACAACGAAGGGCUUCACUUGAACGGCUUCAAGUCGGACAAGACGCUACUGGAGGAACUCGUUGCAGCCAUCACUCCAUUUUACUACUCAGAGCGCCUUUUCGUCUUGAGAACCCUGAUCCCACUAUUUCGCGCCCAACAAAAUGCCGAAGAUCCUAUUCAUGUGAUUGCGUCCGAAAACUUGCCCAGGAUUAUCCCCGACGGUCGUGUGUUCGCAGGCGAGCUCAUCGACGAGUACCUAUGCAAAACUUCCGAGGAGGUCCCGAGCAACCUCGGUACAGACUCUAGGGCAGCUUCGCGAUGGGCAAAGCAAAACUGCAAGGAGCAACUGUUGUUGCUAGAAGUGAUCUUCUGGGCAAUGUGGGGAUAUGUCUCUUGCGACGGCUCGUUGGUCGUGAAGCUGUACGAGGCUGCCUAUGACACAAAUCUCGGAUCUUCGCAGCAGAACACCAUGCUUCUCCUUGACGACGAGGGCGCGCAAAUUCUGCAGGACAGUGCAGCACUGUGGAUACUCAUUACCAUAGAGGUCCUUGAACUGGAGAGAAUAGCCGAACCGGACGGCGUGGAAUUUUCACCACCGCCCGAUCACGCGUCGUUCUAUGUGACGUCUGUGGACUCUGUGAAACGAAUACAUGCUCUCGUGAUGGCUAACACCGGAUCUCAACACGCAUGUGCCUAUCUUGCCUGGGCGUUCGUUCUCUCUCGACUCCAUGCAAAAGCGCAGGAAAAUAAGGAAAUUCCAGACGCUUACCGCUCAUUUUUGGACUCGACGAUUUCACCACCUGGACGCGGAAAGGAACGAGAACCCACUCACGCACUGAUGGCCCGCACGGCCCUUAGUAGUGAUGUGGGCUUGUUCAAUCUCCUCUUGACCAUACUCACCGGUUCUCCUGUAUUUGUGACUGCCGCUGCUUGGCGCACGGGCUCGACCGUGACUGACCCCAACGCCAUAGCCUUUCGUUCUGUAGUCAAAGGCCUGCUGAUGUCCAUGGUUGAGCUCGUUCCUGUAGAGCUUAUUCCGGAAUUUGACUCGUUCGUGGAGGUCUGGAUAGCGUUGUUCGGGCGAAGCGAGAGUCGAUCCGUGGUCGGAAUUUGCAAGCAAUUCUGGCAGUAUGACUGGCACCAAGGCGCAGCCAGGCGUGCAAUCUUUGACGUUGCGCGUUCACGGUUUCCCAUUCACUUUCGACCACUUGUUCGCCUCCUUCGUGCACUAACUGGUUCUGGUUUCCUCGACACCGACUCAUUAUCUACCACUGCAUCUGCAGAAUAUUCUCGCAUUUCGGAUGGCGACGUUGCGGACCAGGAGAUUUGCAGUCGACACGUCUUCUACUACAUGGACAAGCUGCCGACCUUCUCACUUGUCAUCCCGGUUUCUUCGUGUUCGGGACCGAAUGCGGUGUACGAGAAGGUUCAGUAUGGUCCUUCGGCCUCUGGGCCAGGAUUGACUUAUAAGAACAUACGAGCGAUCCGUUUACCCGGUGGUUCUAUCAUGUCUCCCCGUUCAACUGGUCGGCUGUUAAGUAGUGAUGGGGGUGACGUCGUAGCCGUGUGCUGGGAGCACGAAAAUAGUGGUUGGAAAGUAGUGAUUGAUGUGUUGACGGAAUAUGUCACUCGACGGCGGAUGUACGUGGGUACGGCCGACUUGUAUCAAGAUGUUACCUUUGGGAGAACUGGACCAGGAUCUGUGCCCCUGACAUUGCGGUUAGAGGAUGUAGGUAUGGAGAUCGACGAUGGGGGUGACGAGGCGCUCGCGACAGAUGCUUUGGACCUUAUACGGAGUGUCAUCCAGGAUCAACCUGGCCUAGCGGAGGAGCUCCUUGAGUCGCUCGAGAUCGGUGACGCUUCUUCUGCCAAUGACUCGCGCCCCCCUGACCUGGUACAGCUAACGACCAUGAUUCUCGAGGAAGCCCUUAGCCGCUCGCAAGCACGGAACUUCUCGCGCACGCAACUCGUCACCUCUGCUAUGAGUGUCCUCUCGGCACUUCUUACUCUUCCCAAGUAUUCUCCGCGAGUCUGGCUGUAUAUCCGGUCCACCUCGGUCCUCUUCAGUUCCACCCAGACCCCAGGGUUUGCUUCUGUGGCUCUUACUGCCGAACGAGUGUCCGGUCAAUAUACUAUGACUCUCGCCCUACUACACCUCGUCCAGCAACUUGCCCAAGAGGCCUUCGCUUCGGUGGUGAUGAUCCCCCCCGAUAACCAGCGCUUGAGCCAGGUUAAGGAGGAAGUUUUACUACGUGCUGCGAAUUUCGUGCAUGGCGAAAUUUGGGUGGAACACCUCGGGUGGAAAUACGUACAUCUCGGUGACCGAUUUGAGAUCGGGAGGCGCAUCUCGUCCUUGUACUCAUACAUUCUCGUACAAUCUCCACCCGCUAUCGGAAACCGACCAUAUCCCGUCCUGAGUCAGGCGAUUAUCGAUACCCUCGUACAUAAAGCUGCUUCCUCUUCCAUCCUUCCGCUCGUGUCGGCUAUCGCGACGAGUCCUCAAACCCUUGGUGGAUUGUAUGCCUCCCGCCACUUAGGUGAUGCCAGACGCCUGAUUUUCCUCCUCGAGUCCCAUCUGCAGCUCAUACGACUAGUAUUGAACUUCAAGCAGCAGACGUCACCUCAAGGUGCGAACCCUUCUCUUCUUGAGCAAGCACUCUGUUCCAGGAUCUCGGGUGGAGCUGGCUUUUCCGACUCCGCAAGAGCUCGCGUCGAUCCCGUGGAUGUGUUGGCGACCUUUGUAAAAGAGAGGAAUGUGGGAACUGUUGUACCCCUUGAAGCAAUGAGGGUUUUGCACGCAUUGUGCUCGUCUCUCUCGAUGGUGGCUCCUUCACCCCCGACUAUUGUCGGACAUCUGACAAACCCCGAGGCUACGGUGGCGUCACUUGUGCGUAUCGUGGAACAUCCGUACGACGAACUCCCCCUCCGGAUCUCUGUGUGGAAUUUCAUAACGCUGGCAGUAGAUAAAGAGCCCGCGCUCGCAAAUCUGUUCGUCGCUGGGGAUUUCCACAUACCAAUGGGUGAGGGUAAGGAGAAGGCACCCGACAAGACACGUCGUGAUAGCAAGGACAAGGGGGAGCGGACGGCUGCGCUGGAGAUUUCCAGGGCUACACUAGAACAUUGGAAGGAGUUGUGGGAAGCCAAUCCGCAGCUUCUUGCAUCCGUCUUGCAGUUCUUGCUCGUUGUGUGGCAGCAUGGUCACGAACACAAGGCUCGUAUCGAUGCCACUCGCCAGGACGAGGAGUUUUGGAGCCGGAUAGCAGCAAUCGCCCGGGAGGAGCUUGGACCGUAUCCUGACUACGUGACGAACUCGCUCGUGACUUCUGACGAUGAGCCCCAUUCUGACCUUCACGAGGCAGUCUCCGUCCAAGCGUAUCGUGGCAUGGCGAAGUCGUAUGCUGUACAGAUAUUAGGACAGGAUGUGUUCCUCCAGCCACGACCAACUUCGUCGGAUGCUCCCUUGCUCAAGCCGCUGAGCUAUACCAAGCUUGCCCCUAUGUUCAAGGCAGAAGAACAACUGAAUGAGUCCAUAUUGGAAGCCGUUUCUAGCUUAUAUGAUCCGUCCCUCUAUGACACGGUCACGGAGCACCUGUCGGAGAAUUUCCCAAGUCUCUCAUUGGAACAAAUCCGGUCACAGGAUCCUUUUGUGGAGCGCGAACUCGGCGACGACUUUGUGUUCUCACCGAAACUUUUACGCAGCAGACUGCAGCUGUGUCUGAUGGACGACGAGAGAGUUGGUGAUGUGGAAGAGGUCGAGAAGCAAGUGACGUCGAUCAACCUCAACAUGUCGCUCACUCACUCUCAAAUUGCCCUUGCUGAAGCAUGGCAGUUCCUGUUCAGGCAGCUAUUGCCCUUCAUAAGGGUUGAACCUGGGAUUAGAUCUUCCCUCCUCGCACUUGCGGCGACGAUUUCCGCAGACCUCGCGCGGGAGAAGAGACAAGGAGAGGUGGUAGCAACAAUCCACGGGACACGACUGGGCGUUCUUCUUUCAAUCCUUGAGGCUGCGUGGUUUACCACUACCACGGAUGCUGCGACAGAUGUCGACUCCUUCAUCACACUAGUGUCCAACGUUCGCAUGAUUUUGCUGAACGAGGCCCAACCGCUUUCGCAGUCCUUCCUUGGAAAGCUCGCUUUACCAUUCCACAGAACUCUUCUGCAAAUCUUGUACUUCGUCGUGCGUGAGAGUCGCAACAUGGCUCGGGGACCCAAGGUGUUCAACGCAAGCAAGCGCCUGACCGUGACGGAACUGGUUGAUGCAACGGUAACACUCGUAGUCGAUGCUCUGCGUCUCACUUUUGAUUCGGCACGGACGCGUCUGGAUCUGGAUCUAGAUCGGGAUAUGGAGCUUCUUGUUGCUGUUUUUGAGCAGUGCACGCGGCCCGAUAUCUGUUCUUCAUCCCUUCCAUGGUUAGCGAAAUGCCAGGAGACGGACGUUAUCAAUUCCAGCUUGGACCUGCUCGUCCACUCGGACAUGGUUGGCCUCUCUGACCUCCCGUUACUCCGCGUCCGCAGGAUCCCCCUAUACUCUCCCCAUGUCCUGUUAUUCCAUAUGGUGCUCGUGAGCGUCCCAUCUGGGGCAGAAAGGUUUGCAAGCGAGGGUGUCAUCGCCGCUUUCAGCAACAACAGCCUCAGUUCUGCCAUCAGCGCAGGUCAAGUCGAUGUCAUGCUACCGGAGUUGCCUGGAGAGCGCAGCCCAGUUCAUAGGGCCUACUGUUCGAUGCUAGCCAUAAUAUCUGGCGUAAUUUCUGCUCUUGGUCGGCAGCAUCAGUACUUUACUGCCGCGGCGUGUGGCAUUGUUCCGUUGUACGGAAAGCAGAUCUCUCGUGCGCUUUCGUGGAGCAUUGGCGACCCGAUUACUCUGCCACUUUUGGAGGAGAUGGAACAAGUUGUCAACUUGUUCUACGCCAUUGCAGAGAGUGCUCCGCCAUUGACAAAUCAAGAUCCAAUCAUCACAAAAGUCCUACGCGUCUUCGGAUCGCAUGCUCUCAUCCUCCUUCAGCAAUUGAAUUACGCUCUCACGCACCCGAAUCAUCUUGCUAGUUUAUUGGAGCCAGUCACGGCAGAAGAGCGCGCCGCAAUGGAGAAAGAGCCUAUUGCAACGGCGUCAAUAUCCUCUGUUGACAUGGUUGAUCUGCAGAAGCAUCCUUUGACAGCUCGUCUGGUGCAUCGGGUGUUUAAGUUGUGCAGUUUAGUUGUUUCGACGCUUGUGAGCACCAGUCACGCGUAUGAUGUGCUCCUUGGCGAGCAAGAAGAUUGGCCAGUGCACGAAGCCCUCGUUGUUCCCCACUCAAAAGUCGUCCUCGGCGAACCCGCCUCCGUAGGCACCUUGCUUGAGUUAGCCAAUUGUUCACUUGACAUUUUGCGGAAUCUCGUGAAUCGUCCCGCGGGCCAAGCGAUCGCCCCUGCUACUUCACUCAAAGAAGUACCCCUGAGUGUCCGUCAAGCAACGCUCACCGUUCGCCAGAACCUCGAGGCCCUCCUGAUCUAUGCAGUCACCCAACUCGCCAUGUGGCUCUCUAAGCCUGAUUUCGAUCCGGCGGCAGCGGACAUGGAAACUGACGAACAUGCUUCCCAGGCGAUGGAGGUGAGGGAACCGGUGGCGAAAGGCCGGGCACCAAGGCCGUCUCUCACUUUGGCGGAGCGGCUGCGACGAGGAAUGACAGGAGAGAUGGCAUCUGACUUACAGGCACUCCUGAUGCGUUCUAAGCCGGUUCUUGCGAAGAGUGACGAGGUCCUUGAGAAGAAGCAGACAUCGAGGGACCUCACGCAGGUGUUGUUGAGGUUCUUAAAUGAACGUGUUGUUGCUCCGGCAGCUUAGUGUAGAAAUGUCGACUAGUAAAAGUAAUGUAGAUACUUUUUUCUUUUUUACUGUGUUUUGCAUACCACUCGACAUGCACUUUCUAAGAAUUCGCUGGUGCGCAGGAGCCAGUAUUUGUGGUAAUGUGGUUGCUGGUUAAGCGUGACGGA